AGCAGUUUUUGGCUCUAAGGCGCUUCCGCGCCAGGAGAUGGCCAUGUUCCUUGUGCUCCAGAGCUGGUCAGAGCAAGAGGUCCUAUAUGUAUGUCCCUCGUUCCCCGUGGACGCCACGACUGCCGGCAACGGCAGCCGGAGCGUGGUCGAGGACGGCAUGGAUCGGAGGUUGAUAGACCUCCUAGCCUGACACGUCGAUUAAGGAAUUGGCCGUUUUCGGUUCGCGAGAGGCCGUCGCGGCCGUCAUUUUUUGCGGGUCCAGGUCCGUCGGUUUCGGCCCUAGGCCGUUUUCACUAAGGGGAGGUUUACCAAAGGGAGGUUUGUCCACCGCCGAAUGGAGGACGCAGGAUGUGGGGGGGGGGCAGCUUCCGCCACCAUCUGAGGUCACCCGGGACUAGGAAGCUUCAGGCCAGAGCGCCCACUUCGACCGUGGGAGGUCGUCGCCACGCCACCAAGGGAAGGAGACGAGGGGGCCGCAGCGGCAGCCGGCCCAGGCCCCCAUAAUGCAGGCCAAGCAGAACAGUGGUAGAAGGCGGAAUCCCUAGUGGCAGCGACCUUCCUCCUGGUCGGACUCUUGGGACCGCCAGGGUUCAGAUCGGUGCGGCACCAGUCAAGACGAUCAGCGAUGGAUCAAGGAGCCCUGGCCAGAGGUCAACCGCGACUUCUCCGCUCCACCGACGUGGCAUGGGUUGGAACAUCUUUACCUGUACAUAUCGAAUUCCUUUUCCCAUCGAGAUCCAGGCAAAGUUCAGAUCCAUCAGACACCUGGUCGACGGUGACAGUGGUGUGGACAAAGUCAUCGACCACCUCAAGCUGCUCAAUGGCGAGCGCCCAGGCGACAAGGGACGUGAGGCACACCACGAGGCGUCCUAUGUCAUCUGCCACGAUCAGCAGGUCGAGGCGGCCGAGCGCAUGGGCCGCAUGGGGCUCAUUCCCGUGGAUGGCCAAAGCACGUUACUACGAGUAUGGAGCUAAUCUGGCAGCUCAGAUGAGGAUACAUCUCCGUGCGUUGAUGGGUGGCCAGAAGAGUCACCAAGCGGUCCUGUCAGGCUUGCUCGAACUAGACGGCAGCUGCGCAGUGGGCUUCUCCCAAGUAGCACGAAAUCUCACGAUCCCGCAGGAACGCGCUCCGCUGAAAGUGGUGGUGGUUGCGCAGGGGGCCGCAC